GACUCCACAUAGUGUUGCGGGUAUUAUCUUCACACUCUCUCUCUCUCUCUCUCUCUCUCUCUCUCAUCAAUUGUUGUUUUCUUCUCACCUCUCUCUCUCUCUUUCUGAGCCCAAAAAUACAAAAGCCUUUUUGAGCCCUUUUUCUCUCUCUAUCUCUGCUUUUGUUGGACAUGAGAAGUAGCUUUUUGCAAGUCAAGCAUGCAGAUAUUGAGAUAACUGUGAGCACCAAGAAAAGCUCCUUGUAAUAAAACUAGGUUUUUUUUUCUUUUAAAUUUUACUCAUUUUUUUUCCUUCUUCUUCCCCAAAUUUUCUCUCUUGAUUCUUCGUCUUCACAUUUGGAAAAGAUCGAGUGUUUAUUGAGCGAGCUCUCGAUAUAGGGGAGGAGAGAGAGGGAUAGAGAAGGAAGAGCUAAGCAGCAGCAAAAACACAAGGGUUUUUCUUUGCUUGCCUUCUUUCUCUUUCUUUCUCUCACUAAAAACACCACAGAGAGAGGCAGCAGGAGACAUUUGGAUUUGGGCCUUGUGUCUCUUCUACCUCUCUUCUUUCUUUCUUGCUUUCUUUUUUUCUUCGCCUUUCUGCAAAACAUUGUACAUUUUGUAACAUUUCUUGAAACAAACUCAUCUCUUUGAAACAAACUCAUCUCUUUGCUUCACUCACUCCAAACGCUAAAUGCAGUAAUUCUGUUAAACUAAAAAUAUAUAUAUAUAUAAGAAGAAGAAGAAGAAGGAAAGUUUCCUCCAUAUAUAGAUUGAGGGGAAAAAAGAAAGAAAAAAAAGAGGGAUUUUUAUUUCAUGAAUUUUGGGGAUUUUCUUGAUAACAAUUCUUGUAGUGGCGGCGGCGGUGCAAGAAUUGAUAUACCUUUCACCAAUAGCAUCACCAACAACACCAUGCCCGCCGGCGCAAUCUCUCAGCCCCGCUUCCUCUCCCAGUCUCUCUCCUCCAAGCCCAUGUUCACCUCUCCCGGCCUCUCUCUAGCCCUCCAAACGAGCAUGGAGGGGCAAGGGGAGAUGGCGAGGAUGGUGGAGAAUAAUGAGAUGAGCAAUGUUGGUGGGAGAAGGAGCAGAGACGAAGAGCACGAGAGCAGAUCUGGCAGCGGCGACAUGGACGGCGCAUCCGGCGACGAUCAAGACGCCGCCGACAAGCCGCCGAGGAAGAAGAGAUACCACCGACACACUCCUCAGCAAAUCCAAGAGCUCGAGUCCCUGUUCAAGGAGUGCCCUCACCCUGAUGAAAAGCAAAGAUUGGAGCUUAGCAAACGCCUUUGUCUCGAAACCAGACAGGUCAAAUUCUGGUUCCAAAAUCGAAGAACCCAGAUGAAGACGCAGCUGGAGCGGCACGAGAACUCGAUUCUCAGGCAAGAAAACGACAAGCUCCGGGCGGAGAACAUGUCGAUAAGGGAGGCGAUGCGCAACCCCAUCUGCACCAACUGCGGCGGCCCCGCCGUGAUCGGCGAGAUAUCCCUCGAGGAGCAGCACAUCAGGAUCGAGAACGCCCGCCUCAAGGACGAGCUCGACCGCGUCUGCGCCCUCGCCGGAAAGUUCCUCGGCCGCCCCAUCCCUUCCAUGGGGAUGCCCAACUCGAGCCUCGAGCUCGGCGUGGGCGGGGGCAACGGCUUCCCCGCCCUCAUCCCGUCCGAUUUCUCGGUCGGGAUGGCCUCCCCGCUGCCCAAGGCGGCCGCGGGGACGAUGAGCGUGAACCCCAUGGAGCGGUCCAUGUACUUGGAGCUCGCAUUGAGCGCCAUGGAUGAGUUGGUGAAGAUGGCUCAAAGCGAUGAGCCACUUUGGGUUAGGGGUUUGGAUGGUGGGAGGGAGAUUUUGAAUCAAGAAGAGUACUUGAGGGCUUCCUCCCCUUGCAUCGGGAUGAAGCCCAACGGCUUCGUCACCGAGGCCUCGAGGGAGUCCGGCAUGGUCAUCAUCAACAGCUUAGCUCUCGUCGAGACAUUGAUGGACUCGAACAAAUGGGCAGAGAUGUUUCCUUGUUUGAUUGCAAGAACCUCAACCACAGAUGUGAUCUCUAGUGGUAUGGGAGGAACAAGGAAUGGUGCACUUCAACUGAUGAAUGCUGCACUGCAAGUUCUGUCCCCGUUGGUGCCGGUGAGGGAGGUGAACUUCCUCCGGUUCUGCAAGCAGCACGCCGAGGGCGUGUGGGCCGUCGUGGACGUCUCCGUCGACACCAUCCGAGAAGCCGCCCACGGCGGCGGCGGCGCCGCCUUCCCCAACUGCCGGAGGCUCCCCUCCGGCUGCUUGGUGCAAGACAUGCCUAAUGGAUAUUCCAAGGUUACAUGGGUGGAGCACAUCGAGUACGAUGAGAGCGUCGUCCACCAGCUCUACCGGCCGCUCGUAGGCUCCGGCAUGGGCUUCGGCGCCCAACGAUGGGUCGCCACCCUCCAACGCCAGUGCGAGUGCCUCGCCAUCCUCAUGUCCUCCACCGUCCCGCCCCGCGAUCAUUCUGCCGCGAUCACAGCGGGCGGGAGGCGGAGCAUGCUGAAGCUGGCGCAGCGCAUGACCAACAACUUCUGCGCGGGGGUGUGCGCGUCGUCGGUGCACAAGUGGAACAAGCUGCGGACGGAGAACGUGGACGAGGACGUGCAGGUGAUGACGCGCAAGAGCAUCGACGACCCCGGGGAACCCCCCGGGAUCGUGCUGAGCGCGGCCACCUCCGUGUGGCUGCCCGUCUCCCCCCAGAGGCUCUUCGACUUCCUCCGCGACGAGCGCCUGAGGAGCGAGUGGGACAUACUCUCCAACGGCGGGCCCAUGCAGGAGAUGGCCCACAUUGCCAAGGGCCAAGACCAUGGCAAUUGUGUCUCCCUCCUACGUGCUAGUGCGGUGAACUCGAACCAGAGCAGCAUGCUGAUCCUUCAGGAGACGUGCAUCGACUCGGCCGGUUCGCUCGUGGUGUACGCGCCGGUCGACAUCCCGGCGAUGCACGUGGUGAUGAACGGCGGGGAUUCGGCCUACGUGGCGCUGCUGCCCUCGGGAUUCGCGAUCGUGCCCGACGGGCCGGGGUCGAGCGGGUCGGACGGGAACGGCGGGGCGGGGCAGCGGGUCGGCGGGUCGCUGCUGACGGUGGCGUUCCAGAUUUUGGUGAACAGCCUCCCGACGGCGAAGCUGACGGUGGAGUCGGUGGAGACCGUCAACAACCUCAUCUCCUGCACCGUGCAGAAGAUCAAGGCGGCGCUGCAUUGCGAGAGCUGAUGAUUCGUCGCGUGUUGUCGGGGAAAGUUUUAGGCUUUUUUUUUUUUUUUUUUUUUGGUGUGAGACUACAUUUUGACGUCUCUUUUUUUACUUUUUUUUUUGUGAUGUAUUUCGCGUGACAUAUAUGCUAGGGUGGUGGAAAAAAAAAUUAAUUAGGUGGUUUGAGGGAUUGAUGUAAUUUGAAAAUUGUUUGUUGCUAAUCGAGGUGUAAUGGCUCGAAAUCGAGGGGGAUGAGUCAAGAACGAACCGCGCUUGGCGGCGGUGGUGGUGGGAGGCGGCGGCCCCACCGCGAUGUGGCGGCGGAAGUGGUUCGGGUAUUGACUCAGUUGUAUUAGCCUUGAGUUUGUAUGAAAUGGACUUUGUCCUUUUUGAGAUUAUUUGGGGUUUAUAAUUUAAUUUUGUCA